AUGGUGACCAAGCUUGACCGCGAAGAACGUGGUGUCGGCAUGCAAAACUUCAAGUACUCGCCUAGCUGGGACGAAUUUUCCAAUGUCCUCAGGAUACAUAGUCCACAAGCACUUCGGUUUCUAUCCAAACACCUCCCCGUUCGUACAGAGCGAAGCUUUAGAGAGAAAGAGAGUCGACGGCCACGUUUUCCGAUGACAAUAUGCGAACGUACCUUUCAGCUGGUCGCAGACCAUCUCGCAGACUUGAGUUAUCGUGGCCCGACAUCUCUAUGCUGUGACGACACCAAGCUAUAUUCUGCAUGGCGUAUCUUCUGGGAUGCCGAGAAAGAAGCUCACUAUCUCAUUGGGGGGAUUGGUGAACCAUAUCUCGUUGCCAACCCGGAUGCUCUCCGCAAGAUCAUCGAGGAGGCUAAGUUAACUCUUGCAAUGAAAAUGCGUCUUUGGUGCUUACAAGUCCCACUCCCUAAGAUUGCUCCAAUCAUCGUGGCUGCGCUCCCUCUCGCUUCUGACCACAACGCUGAAUCUCUCGCAAAAUGGAGUUUACAUCAGGAAAAACCCCAAAUCAUCAUAGUCAUAGUGACAGCUAUAUAG